AGUAUGUAUAAGUGAAUGCUAGUCUUCUCAUAAAAUUAUAAAAUGGAAGAAGAGUAAAUAGUCAGUUCCCGUACCUAACCUUUCCCCGAUAUUUUUGCGUGGAGUCAAGUGAACAAGUGGAAUGCUUGUGUUUUCCUGUGUAUAUGCCCGAUGGAGUGUCAUCAUUUCAAUAAAACCAGAUUGUCGUUUUUGUGAUGUUUAUCCUAAAUUCAUUGUCAUACAUACUUGUAAAGUCAGGGUUACUUAAAUCCGGAACGUUUUUAUUUCUGUAAAACCUUAACAGAGAUUCUGUAACUCUGGCCUCAAAUAUAAAUCAUCUGCAUCGUCCUUUUUCUUCGUGUCUUGUGCCCGAGCCAACUUCAUGACUAUCUUUUGAAUGAUCUGCCUGUAUUUCUAUGUCCUUUGGCUUGUAAUUUAAAUGCAAGCUUUGGAAGUGCAUAACAUUGUAUACUGCUGAGAGAUAGAUGGGAAGAUCAUCUGUAGCUUAUUCAUGACAUUUACAUUUAUGAAUAAAGUUACGUUAUAUGGCAAUUGCUCUCUGGCUAAAUGAAUAAUAUGAACGUGAUGAAAACUGAUCCUGAUUCAGACAAUGAAACCCAACCAAUAUUUUCACACUCUAAGGAUCCAUUUGGUGAUAUAGAGUGUCCUGUACUAGCCAUGUUGCCAGCAAUAAACAGUGAAAACAAGGAACAAAGUUGGAAUUCUGUGGCUAUCAAAGAGGAAUUAAGGGAUGGCUUAAUAACAGAGGAGCAUGAAAUGUGCCUGAAGAGUCUUCCAACUUUUGUACUUUCAUCUGCAGCCGAGGAAGAGGAAGAGAAUGAUUUGGCUGCCUUUAUAAGUUCAUUAAGCGAUGAAGAUUGUGUGGAGGAAAGCGAUGAGGAUGGUGAAAUGUCUGUCCACAGAGUUCGUUGGACAGAUACACAUAUGUCCAACUCUGACAUUAGUGAUAUUCAGGACAGUGAUAUCAGUUUCAGUGGUGGUGAUGAUGAUGAUACUUAUCACAGUGAUGAUGCUGCUCCAGAUUUUACUGAACUCACUUCAGAGCAGGACGUUCCUGUUACCCAUAUUUUUAAUUAUAUGGAAAUUCCCGGACCAAAGCAUGUACCUCCUCCAGGUUCUGAACCAAUACUCUAUUUUUACUUGUUUUUCAAUGAGUCGCUGUGGAACAUGUUGGUACAGGAAACUAACAGAUAUGCAGAUCAGUUCUUGGCAGCUCAUCAGUAUUUGUCACAAGGUUCACGGAUCAGACAGUGGCAUGAGGUCACUGUAACAGAGAUGAAGGCUUUUGUUGCUGUGUUGUUAGAGAUGGGCAUUACAAGAAGACCAAGCAUUAUGUCUUACUGGACUACUAAUUCUCGCUGCAUCCCCUGGUUUGGAAAGAUGUUUUCCAGAAAUCGCUUCCAGUUAAUUUUGAAAUUCCUAAAUGUUACAAAUAAUUCUGACCUCUUCCCACCCAGUCAUAAAAACUACAAUCCUUGUGCUAAAUUCCAACCCCUGGUUGAUCAUGCUAACAAACUAUUCCACCAAUAUUAUACACCCCAUGAACAUCUUAGCAUUGGAGCAGCAUUUGUAGGUACAAACACACAACACCACAAAUGUAGAAUAAAGAUGUGGAUGCUCUGUGAUUCUGUAGUGCCAUAUUGCCUUGCCUUCUACUGCUAUCCUGGUACAAAGACCAGGGAGGUCAAAGAAAACAUCCAGAAACAUGGCCUGGGUUAUGUAGUGGUUAAUGAUCUGCUAAAUGUUGGUGGUUACCUAAUGAAAGGCUUUCAUGUAGUUCUGGACAGCUUCUUCACCAGCUUCCAGUUGGCGCAUUAUCUGUACAAGAAAUGUACAUUUUUAACGGGCUCAUUGAAGAGGAACAGAAGGCAUGUACCACAGGAACUGAGGGAGAACUUUGAUGUGGGACACAUCAAGUAUUACAGAAGCAAAGAGAUACUUUUGGCUGGAUACAGGGAAAAGGAAUCUCAGAGAUACCCUAUGCUCUUUCUUUCAACAAAUUCUGUCAUAGAAAACAUUAAAGUCACAUGGACUAAAAACGGGCAAGAAAGAGUAACCAUGAGGCCUCACAUUGUUCAACAGUACAACAACUAUGUGGACAGCACAGUUAAAUCUGAUAUGGCAGUUACCUACCUUUAUGAGAAGAGAGCAAUGAAACAUUGGAAGAAAGUGGUUUUUGGGAUUUUCUCUCAUAUGGUGAUGAAUGCUUAUAUUAUAUAUAAAGAGAACACACCAAGGAAAAAGAUGACACAGCAGCAGUUUAUAUCAAGUAUUAUUGAAGCUAUAGAAAAUGAAUGGAUGUUAGAAAGGAACUGGAAUGAGCUUGCUACUUCAGUGCAAGCAUAUACUUCACUUCCAGCUGAAGGUUUUGGAAUAAGAAGACUGGCAGGUCGCAAAGAAAGAGUCUGUGUUGUAUGCAGUAGAAAAAAUGGUGGGCCAGUUCACAGGUCUCGUACGAUAUGUAUCAGGUGUGAGAAAGGCCUGCAUGGUUUGUGUAUGUCACAACAUAAAUGUCGAAUGAUGUCAGUAUAAGAAAUCUGGAUUCUCAAUCGAUAUCUGACAGUGAUGUUUUCCACUGUCUUUGAUGUAAAAUGAUUACAAUAAACUUCAAAAGUGA